UUCUCUUAUUCCUUCAAAAGAUAAGCAAUAUCAAGAACUAGAUUUAGAAGAAAUACAGAUUCUCACUUUGGAUAGACGUCAUUUUUGAGAAUAUAUAAACAUUUUUAAGUUCAUUCUCUCUUUCUUUCUGCAUUUAAAAAAAAAAGAUUAACAUAGGGAAACAUAAACAAAUAUCAUCAGCAUUUCAUUUCUUUAUUACAGCAGAUGUCCAGGGAGUCUUUCAGAGUCUGCUUCUGUUUUAGGAGAAUAUUCAAGCUAAGGUUGCUAGAACCUCCAAGAGAUGUCAAAAUUCUCUUCAACAAAUACUCGCAAAAUGGGAACAUGGGCCUUGAAGACCUGCAAAGGUUUCUGAUUGAGGUUCAAGGAGAAGAUAAUGCCACAAAAGAAGAUGCUCAAGCCAUCUUCAACAGCCUCAAGCAUCUCAACAUCUUCCAAAGAAGGGGCCUCCAUCUCGAAGCCUUCUUUCGAUAUCUUAUGAGCGACAUUAAUGGCGCUCUCUCUCCAUCUCGAGGGGUUCACCAUGACAUGAAUGCUCCGUUGGCUCAUUAUUUCAUGUUCACAGGCCAUAACUCGUACUUGACCGGAAAUCAACUCAGCAGUGACAGUAGUGUUCAACCCAUUAUAGAUGCUCUACGAAGAGGUGUGAGAGUAAUUGAAUUAGAUUUAUGGCCAAAUUCCAAGAAAGAUGAUGUGAAAGUUUGCCAUGGAGGAACACUCACUGCUCCAGUGGACCUGAUAAAAUGUUUAUUGGCAAUUAAAGACAAUGCCUUUCAUGCAUCUCAAUAUCCUGUUGUAAUAACUUUUGAAGACCAUUUAACUCCAAAUCUUCAGGCCAAGGUAGCCAAGAUGGUCUCUAGAACUUUUGGAAGCAUGCUGUACUGUCCUGAAUCAGAUAAAAUGGAAGCAUUUCCUUCUCCAGAGUCAUUGGAAUAAGGUUAUGAUAUCCACUAGAAGAAUAAGGUUAUGAUAUCCACUAAACCACCAAAAGAGUAUCUUGAAACUGAAACUAGCAAGGAAAAACAAACUCCAAAAAAGUCAAGAAAAUCAUCAAAGAGUGAGCAAUGGCAGGACGAGCAAGGAACUUCCAAAAGUGAACUUGAAACUAACGAUAAGGAUCGGCUAUAUGAAGAAGAACACAUUCCAGACGAAGAUGAGGAGAAGGCGGUUCCUGAAUACAGGAACUUAAUUGCCAUUCAUGCAGGGAAAGUAAAAGGUCCAAUAGAAAAUUGGCUAACCACUGAUUCCAACAAAGUUAAACGUCUAAGCUUGAGUGAACAAGAACUUGAAAAUGCUGUAAGAACACUUGGAACUGAAAUUAUCAGGUUCACUCAACGGAAUUUGCUUAGAGUAUAUCCCAAGGGUCUUCGCUUUGAUUCAUCUAACUACAAUCCCUUUGUUGGGUGGACACAUGGGGCUCAAAUGGUUGCAUUUAAUAUGCAGGGUUAUGGAAAGCACCUUUGGGUUAUGCAAGGAAUGUUCAGAGCUAAUGGUGGCUGUGGUUAUGUGAAAAAACCAGAUUUCUUGUUGCAUGAUGGUCCAAACAUGGACGUUUUUUAUCCUCAUGCGCAAUUACAUGUGAGAGAAAUACUGAAGGUUAAAGUCUUCAUGGGAGAAGGAUGGGAUUUGGAUUUUCGCCGCACGCAUUUUGAUCUAUAUUCCCCUCCUGACUUCUUUGUCAAAUUAGCAAUUGCUGGAGUCCCUGCUGAUAAAGCUAAGCGAAAAACAAAAGUAAUUGAAGAUGACUGGCUACCAGAAUGGAACGAGGAGUUUGAGUUUCCAUUGACUGUUCCUGAAUUGGCUGUGCUUAGGAUUGAAGCACUUGAGUAUGACACAUCAGGACAAAAUGACUUUGGAGGCCAAACAUCUUUGCCUAUAUCAGAGUUAAGAACUGGGAUUCGAGCAGUUCCAUUACACAAUCGUAGAGGAGAUAAAUACAAGUCUGUCAGGCUUCUUAUGCAAUUUGAAUUUGCUUGAUCCCAAUGUAGGAUAAUAUACUAUGCCAUCAUAUGCAUAUUUAGAACAACUACCUUGAUCAAAUGUAUAUAUGAGAUAAGACAAUGACAGGUUAAAGAAAGUGUUUAAAAAUAAUGAAAGAAAAAGAGACAAACAUUUUCUAA